GGAGAGACACGAGGGGGAGGAAGGGAGACGCUGUAUAAAGAGAGACGGCUGGGAGGGCUGGGGAACAAAAGGCGGAGAGGCACGCCGCUUCCUCCUUUCUCCCUUGCGCGCUCCCCCUUUCACUCCCACUCCGCCUCCGCGCGCGCUUCCUUCCCUUUUUCCCGGGGUCGCCUUUCGGCCCUCCGCCUCCCACUGGAUCCCGUGACGGCUCCCCAGCCAGGCACGCCCUGCCAAGAAGGAGAAAGCAAAGACAGCAGCAGAGGCGGCAGCAACCGCAGCGGCGCCGCCACGGAGCUUCCUCGCGCGUGGGCUUGGACGCCCUGCGCGCGGGGCAGCAGCAGCAGCAGCCACAGCAGCAGGCGGGAUCCGGGCUCUUCUCGUAUUCUUCCCCCGCGAUGGGCUCCACCGAGGAGCUGCUCUGGCUGCAAACGACGGAAUGUGUCUUGGGAAAGGAGUGGGAACGGGAGCCGGCGGCGCCAUCGCGCUCCUCCUCGUCCCCCCUCGCCAUUGGGAAAGCGCCGAGGCAAAGGAAGAAGCAGCAGCAGCAACCACAAGAGCCAUGGACACCCGAGGAAGAAGAAGAGGAGGACGAGGAGGAAGAGCGGCAGCCCCAACAGCAGGUCCAGCAAGACGAAAGGGAUAAUAAUGUCGAAGCUGCUACAGAUGACUAUAAAAAGAUGGGAACUCUUUUUGGUGAACUCAACAAAAGUCUCAUCAGCAUCGGCUUCACAAGGAUGUAUUUUGGUGAACGCAUCGUGGAGCCUGUAAUUGUCAUGUUCUUCUGGGGUAUGCUCUGGUUCCUUGGUCUACAAGCUCUUGGACUCGUAGCUGUCCUGUGCCUUGUCAUUAUUUAUGUUCAGCAAUAAACUCUUGGAGGUUAGAUAGCGAUUUCUUUUUGGUGAAUUUUGGACCAUUUGAAUGGAUACUUCAUUUUGAACUAUCUUGGUGGAUUUACAUGCUUAGCCAAACAAGAAUGAUAUACCAGUAUCAUAAGCUACUCUGUUGGACAUUAAAUGGCCAUUAAAAUUAUGCACUCUUUCCUUUAAGCUGACAUUAUCUUCAUAAUUGAAAAGGAAACAAAUGAAAACAUACCAUGAAUUGAUGAUUAAGAGGCUUAACCCAGGACAGUGAAAUCUAUUCUUUUUUAUUAUUCUUUUUUAAAGAUUGUUGAAUUAAACUAGUUCCUGUGGGCUCCAGUUCUAAGAGGCUUUUUUGGGUAUAAAAACAAACCUGUCAAAAGUAGGUCAACAGAGAUUUUAUAGUUAUGCUGCAACUACUUUCAAAUAAUAGCUUUUUCUAUUGGUAAUCAAACUUUAAAAAGCCAGUUUGUAUAAGUUUUUAUGCUGCCUGGUUUUAUAGCAUCCUGUAAAUUUAUUUGCAGACUUCUUCAGCAUGACGAUGUAUAUAUGCAGUCUUACGAUUUUUUUCUGUAUGAAUUACAGAAAUGCAUCAUUUUUUAUUUUGCCAGGAUGAUCUAAUACUUCUGAAGUUUUUUACCAUGCCAUGUCUCCACUGUCUUCUUUUCUUCUAGGACACUGUUGUUGCUCCAUUGGACAAAAUGAUAAUGCCCUUUUUGUUUGUAAUGAGCUUCUGGUUUUGUUGUGUUCUUUUUCUGAGGUCUUUCUUUCCAUAAGCAUAUCAGACUUGUUACAAGAACAGCAAAAGAUUGUAACUAUACACUUCCUUUCCUCUCUUUGUAAUAAUGGGAUUAGAGCCACUCUUGAUGGACUUAGAAAUGAUAGGUUAUAACAAUUUGUCUAUCUUGAAUUAGGUCCGUAUUCUUUUAAAGUAUGAAUCAAAUUAGGCAGUUACUGAAAACAUUCUUGCUGCCACUCUGUGCUAGCAUGGUAUAUGUACGUAUAUAGUAUUGUUUCCAUCUGAAAUAGAAAAAUAAGUAAUUUUUAUUAAGCACAGAAGAGGCUAAAAGUUUUCUACUACUACCAAAGUUAAUAUGCCAUGUACAAAUUCACUGAUUAAGUGGAAACUGCUGCAGACAUUCAUAGCAGUGACCAAAGCCAUUAAGGUAGAUGCAGUUAUGUUUAUGUUCAGUACAAAUCAGCUCACUUCCACUUCACGGGUCAUGCUUCUUGUUACACAACUUAUAAUUUACUAUCUAAUAUUGUUCUCUAGUGCUUGCUAAAUGUGCUUUAGUGAUGCUAUGUGUAUAUGUUGUGUUUAUAAAAUAUUGUGAAUCUGAUUUUACUGAUUUGCAAAGCAAAAGCAUUUUUGAAUGAGAUGAUGCCAGGGAGAGAAUACUGAGGAAUAAAUAGUUCAUUUAUCACAGCCAUAGAUACAUCAGCAUUUUUUUUUCAUUUCCAGAAGUAUCUAAAAAAAUGGAGCAGACAAUUUCCACUUGUUAUCCAUCUUCUUUGCAGCCUGACUGGACAAUUCCUGUCCUUCCAACUUGUAUAGCUGAUUUUUGCAUAGAAUUAUUAUUAUUAUUAUUAUUAUUAUUAUUAUUAUUUUAAAAGGUAAAGGUUUCUCUUUCACAUUAAGUCUAGUCAAGUCCAACUCUGCAAGGUGGUGCUCAUCUCCAUUUCUAAGCCGAAGAGCAGGCAUUGUCUGUACUCACAUUUGCAUGUUUUCAAACUGCUAGGUUGACAGAAGCUGGGGCUAACCACAGAAGCUCAACCCAUCCACGGAUUUGAACCACCAACACAAGUUCUGCAGCUUAGCAGUUUAACUGGCUGCACCACUGUGGGCCCAUUAUUAUUAUUAUUAUUAUUAUUAUUAUUAUUAUUAUCUUUAUUUAUACCCUGCCUUUCUCCUAGUGGAGACGCAAGGCGGUUAACAAUGCCACUUUAGUCAUGGUUUAAAAAGGCGCAAUACAAUUUU